AUGUCUACCGAUAAUCCCUCAUCUCCAUUUUAUGCUCACCCUAUGGAUAGAAAAAGGAGUGUAUUGCUGGUAAAAGAAGCAAAGGCUGAAAUUAAAAAAUUGGAGUCCUACCGGCCAAUAACACCUUUUGGUCACGGAGAAAAAGUUAGUGAUUCUCCCAAAAAUUUUCUUGAAACUUCUAGAAAUGAAUGUUUUGAGUUGGAAGAAGACUUUCCUUUAGUUAUUCCAGAUGAUGCGUGUUCCAGUGAAGAAUCUAAAACAAUAGCAGAUGUAGCAUGUUUAAACAGUGAAUUGGGAGCGAUACAAGACUCCUCUCUUCAAUCUGAUAUCACAGAAAAAACAUUAAUUGAUGAAGUUUCAAAAGAAGUGGCGAAAUUCUUACCUCUGUUGGAAAAAUAUAUUAGACAAGGAAAGAAGAAAAAAGAAAAAGAUGUCAUAUCAAUAGUUUCCGAUAUAUAUCAAUUGUUAAGUUACAAUAAUGCUUUUGAGACCAAACUUACUAAUCGUAUUUCUCUGUUGAAAAGUCUUUUCAAAUUAUUAGAUGCUGCUUUUCCUGCCCUAUGUUUUAAUGUCAUAAAACUCUUGCUGGAAAUUGUUUCUGCUCUACAUUUUAUAUCUUGUAACAAAGAGGCAUGGAACAUUUUGAUUAUUCCAGCAAACACAGUGGAAAUUUUAAAAGUGUUGAAAUAUUCUAGUGAUGUGCCGGAAAUUGUCCAGAUAACAGUCAGAUUGCUCAGUAAAAUAGUAGAUGGAGAAGGAGGCUGUGAUGCAGUUGUAGAAUGCUCUGAAGAUCUAUUGCUCGCAUUCAAUCAAAUUUUGCUGACGUACAAGCUUUGCAUUGACAUAAUUGUGCAAGCUACAUUUAUAGUUGGAAAUAUUGUCUCCAGUAAUGAAAAUGUUGCCCUACUGUUUUUUACUAUGCCAACUUUCAAAAAAAUACUCAUUGACAUUUUAGAAGAAUAUGUCGGCAAGCACCUUCAGUUCAAAGGACAUGUUUCGGAACUAAUUAAAUCUGAUGAAUCUGGCGACAGGAACUGGUACCGAGACAUUUUUGAAGUUAUUACAAAGGUACUUUGCAUACUAGCAAAUGUGUGUUUGAGCCCAAAAGCAGGACUCUAUCUUGCCCAAGAAAAUCACUUGAUUAUGCAUCUAUUGAAAUAUAUUGGCAAGUACACAUCAGAAAGCAUCACCAGUGAUACUACUGUUCCUCUAUAUUCCUUUCUUGUUGUGGUUAAUAAUAUUACUUAUUUUUUGUCUCCUGAGUCUCCAAUGUGCAUUCAUAUAGCGGAAAGAAUCAUUCCACUUCUUGAUGAAAAUUUUGCAUAUGAAGUCAGGCUCGAAGCAGCAAAUAUCUCACAAAAUCUUACACGGUCAACAGAAGUGAGAAAGUUUAUUUUGGACAAAUCAUUACUACCUGCAUUUAUCAACCUUUUAAGUGAAGAUGAUAAGGAGUUUAAUGUUGUUUCUUAUGGUAUUAUGAUGAAUAUUUUACUUGACCCAGAUUCACGUAAAAUAUUUUAUGAAGAACAAGGCCUCACAAGAGUUCUGCAUAAAUUGCAUUUAUGUGGAUAUCGGGACUGGAAGAUGUCAGCACUGUUGUGUCAAAUUCUAUGGAACUAUUUUGGAGGAAGCAAUGCUGAUAAUGUGCCUAUUUCAAGAAUGGAGUUACAGCAUUUAAUAAAAUGUCUUUCUUUUUCCAUAUAUAAUGAAAAGAAUGAUGAAUUAAUCGUUUCGGAAGAUCAGGUCGCUUGGAGAAAUGAAUUUUGUCCUGUAGCGAAAAACUUGUUGCAGCUUUUGCAAUCUAAACUCCCAUCUACUUCAUCUUGACACCAUGUACACCUUUUAUAUUCGCUACCCCUCUCCCUUUCUCACUUUUUUCUUCUUUCUUCACGUAUAUUUUCUUGAUAUUUC